UUGUUUGUCGGAAUGUUUGACCCAAAUAUAAAUGCUGCACUUCAUGCUCAAAACGAGAUCCUAUUCCAACAAAUGGAGUAUCUCCUUCAAAGUUUGUCACAGUUCACACCUCAAGCUAAUGAGUUUCGUGAUAUCGGAUGGUUCACACCGGAAGAUACGAUGGAGUAUCAUAUAGCUGACCAUGAAUAUCAACAACAAGCCUUUCAACCAUACACUCAACCGUCGCCACAACAACAAGGUUAUCAAAGUGGACCCUCAGAGCUAGAGGAAACCAUGAAUCAAUUCAUGCAAUGGUCUUUAUCCAUUCAACAAAAUCGGGAAACGCAAGAUGUUCAAGUUACCAAAUUCUUCACCGAGCAAAAUGUAAGUCAGGCUUCAACUUUUCAAAAUCCUAUGACGUGUGUAGAAACCUGCAAUGCGACUUCUAUAAGGAGUGUAAAAGUGAUUGAUGAGGAAGUUGAUGACAAGGAAGAUGUUGUUGAAAAGGAUAAUAUAGAGCAUUUAAACAUCAAGAAAAAUAUAGAAGUUGAGUAUGAGCUUUCAAUGAAGCUACCUUAUCCAAGACCUCCUAAAAAAGUAGAAGACAUUUAUAUUGAAGAACCAAAGUGUUAA